GUUGUCUUGGUCCCGAUUUGGCGACUUGGCUUUACGCCUUCCUCUGGAGGUGACGUGUGCUGUGUGCGCCCACUACCCCUCUACGCAUCUGCCGUGGAGGGCCUAAACUUAAUCUGACACACGCAACCUACCAACUACGUCGCCUCACAUGCGCGAGGAUGAACAUCUGCGAUGGUAUUUCCCGGGCUCCGCACCUCCGGCGAUAGAGCUCCGUCUCUGAAGUCUAAGGCGAGCGUCGAGAGCGUCCUGCUGCCAGAGUAUAUCCACGAAGAGGCGCAGCUGCCCUGCGUCCCGCCCGAACGACCCGACCUCCGCGAGCUGAACAGCAGCCUCGAGGCGCUCGCCGCCAUCUUCCCCGACAUCCAGAUCGAGGUCUUCCGCGAGCUGCUGUCCAACUUCGAUGGCGAGUCGCGUCUCGCGCUGGUCGCCGAUGCGCUGCUGAAGAACCGCGCCACUUGGGUCAAGGGGCGGUGGAGGGUCGACAAGGACGCGCAGGGAGAGGCGGUGCCCAAGACAGAGGUCUUCCGGAGCAAGGAGUACAAGAAGGCGGUCCAGACGCUGGCGUGGCACGAGUUCAAGGGCCUGUCACGAUCGACCAUCAACGCCGUGCUCGCGGAAUUCAACUAUUCCUACCUCGAAGCUCGACGAACCCUUGUGACGCUGUCCUCGAAAUCAUGGCGUUUUACGAUAUCCUCCCUCUUCUUCCGACGAAAGCCCAUCGCUACGGGCGAGGCAGAGAACCACCCACUGGUAUCAUGGCGGUCGACCGGCCGUGGGUCCAUCAUACCGACGAUCCGCGCGACGGGUAGCCCUGAGCUAGACCGUGAACUGUACAAAACGCUGGUGGUGCCCCUGAAGGAACGAGAUCGAGAACAGAGGGAAACAAAGGAUCGAGGGUUGGCGUUUUUGCUCAACAACGAGGAGGCAGAAGAAGCAGAGGCCACGCACGAGUGUGUGUGUUGCUUCAUCUCGGCGGCCUUUGAGGAGUUCACGCACUGCAACCGGGACGGCCACAUGAUCUGCUUUCGCUGCGUGCAGCACUCUAUCAAGGAAGCCAUCUUCGGCCAGGGCUGGAACAGCAGCAUCAACCCCGAGACGGGAACUCUCAAGUGCUUGUCUGUGGACGGUGAUGGGUGCCCUGGCCACAUCCCCGCUGAGCACAUCCGCCGCGCGAUGGAGGAGGAAAAGAUGGGCGCUGAGAUUCUACACAAGCUGGACCGACGGCUUGCAGAACACAGUCUCCUCGCCUCGAAGCUACCGCUCGUUCGGUGUCCGUUCUGCGACUACGCGGAAAUCGACGACAUGUACACGCCCUCACACGAAGCAACUCUUCGGAUCAACGCUACUAGCAUAUACAACCUAUUCUUCCUCAUGCUCUGCAUCGGAACCCUUCCGUUUGUCUUCCCGAUUGUUUUCAUAUCCUCUAUUAUCUGCCUGCUCCUGAGCACGAGGCAAUCAUUUGGCGACUAUAUAUCUAUGGAAUGGAGCGGAGCCCUCACCCGCCACCGACGACGUCGCCGCGGACUGAAAUUCACCUGUCAAAGCCCCGAGUGCAAGCGGGUAUCAUGCCUCUCUUGCACAAAGUCUUGGCACGACAUCCACGUAUGCAACGAAUCCUCCCUGGUCGCUCUCCGAACACAAGUCGAGCAAGCCAUGAGCAUGGCCAUUAAGCGUGUCUGCCCCCGCUGCAACACAUCCUUUGUCAAGAACGCAGGCUGCAACAAGCUUACGUGCCCAUGCGGUUACAAAAUGUGCUAUGUGUGCCGAGCUGACCUCAGCGACGAGGGCUACCGGCACUUCUGCGAUCACUUUCGGCCCGACGGCGACCCGACGCCUUGCACCGAGUGCGAGCGGUGCAACCUCUGGGAGUCGGAGGACACCGAAGAGGUUCUCCAGGCGGCGCGCGAGGAAGCUGAGCGCAAGUGGAAGGACAUGGAGAACCGCGAGCUGUCGGGCACAGAACGGGCCUUUUUGGAGACGGGCGUUGCGGCGCAGAGGGGCGAUGUCAGCGUGGAGCGCAUACUGGUCAGCGGCAGAAUCCCUGCGCUUUCUGAACUGUUCGAUGUCAUUGUGGAAACUAUUUUUAUCUAGGGUUACUGGCGUACAGAUGGGCGAGCCUCGCGGUGGGCGAAAUUGGAUUUGCAUACUGGGAAUAAGGGCGUCUAAGCGGGUUUAUGGUAGAGACGAGGUCAAUCUCCACACCACAUUCACAAGAGAUUAGGGAAUAGGACAUUGGUAACGAAUCGAAUACAAUACAGA